AUGGGUGACAAUAUCUCUCAGCCACCAGAUGAGCCUGUCCUCGGUCCAACCCUAACAUCAUCAAGUAUUGAAGAUAUUCCGACUCUUGGUCUUCUUGCAAAGCUGGAGCUGGAUCGGGCUAGCGAUGGAACUCGACCAUGCGAUGGCAAAGAGACAGAGAUCACUGAAGCUCAUCCAGAGAAGGACGUUCUCUCGGACUCUAUUGCAGAUGAUGCCCAUCUACCACACAGUGAUGAAACAGCUCAGAACCAUGAGCAAGACCUUUUUGAUGACAUCGCCACUGAGUAUGGGGAUACUUCGGGUUCCGAACCAGAUUUUUCAUCGAGUUCAGAAUUUGACUUCGGGUCGGAUGAUGAGAAUGAAGAAACAACAGACGAUUUGAUCCGCUAUGUCACAGCUCAUCGAGACGAGCCGUUUGAGUACGUCUAUCGCUUUCCUCCUGCGAAGCCCCUAGAACCAAUCAAAAGUCCCCAACUUACUGCCAUGGAACCUGCUGGCUUACCCCUGACACCAUCUGCAACUACGGAUGUUCUCUUUCGAAAUGAGUUUUUUAUCAUCAGGCGAUCUCUCAUCGCGGGAUGGGGCGCCUUUGCAGUCAAAGACCUCGAGGCCGGAGACAAAAUUCUCGUCGAAAGACCACUAUUCACUGCCGAUAACAACACGCUGUACAAGGAAUUCGACAAGCUGGACCAGGCAUCGCAGGACAUUGCGCUGAGCCUUCAUGCUAAUAGCUAUUGUAAAUUCCAGAGCAUCAAGGCUGUCUGGACUACAAACUGCUUCUCAACAGGUGUUUGGGAUGAAGCAGGCCUCUUCCCUAUUGCGUCCCGCUUCAAUCACAAAUGUCAUCCGAGACAGACCGUCAAAUACUACUACAACAAGGCUGGCGAGGUACUUGAGAUGGAAGUCAAGGCAACUAGUAUCAGAGAAGGCGAGGAGUUGACCAUCUCGUAUGGUUGCGGGCUAACUCCCGCCGAUUUAUUCUAUCGCUAUGGGUUCAGAUGUCGCUGUGGAGGAUGCUCUGGAUGGACAGAAGAGGAUGAGAGAGGAAUGUGGUGA